AUGCUGGGCAUUACAAUCCAUCAGUUCAUUAACGUCGAGGGAAAUAACCCUAACAAGAAAUCCAUGGGUCACGUCAAGAUCCAGGGACGAAAUUCUAAUGGGGAUGAUGCUGAAGAAGGAACUGCCAACAUUGACUAUAUCUCAUCCCUCUAUGUCGCAGCCGACAUCAACGACAAACUAGUUUACAAAACGCUGGUGAAAUCCAUCACCAACACCCCAGUUUUUAACUCGAGCACAGAAACAUACGUCUGUCUCGGUGACGGCAUUAAUACCAAAAAGCAUACCCUGCGUACUAGUAGAUCGCUGAGGGCAUGCAAAGGGUGGAAAAAGACAGAAAGCAGCUACACGUAG